UCACGAGGGUCGUCUAACAUAUCGUUCACGACCGAGCCUGCAGGACGCUAGAGGAAAGGACGGGUAACAGGACCACAUUUCGGUCACCCAUCUGUUCCAGAUCUAGCGAUGCGUCGCCCGCCCUUCCAAGGAGCUCGUCCAGCUCCUCGCGUACUGUUCCCGGUCGCCCGGUGCUCCCUCGUAUCCCGGCGUGGACCUUGCCCAGCGUGCAACGACAGGCGGCACUCCAGCUCUGCGAUUAAUGACUUCGUGUGAGGCUCAUGUCCGGCAAUCCUACCACUGUGCACUCGGCGCGCUCGAGACAGCUCCUCGAGCGCGUAGGCACGAUGUACGCGCGUACGUUCUCCAUGCGUGCCCGGCCGCCGCUUCCCGGAUCACCUCGCGUUCGCGCACUUCGACUAGGCAGCAUCCCCGAGGGAAGCCAUGCCCGCGUUUGUCGGCUACCUUGUCUACCUCAAGUCUGUCGCAUGCUUGUCUCCCCAUCGGUGUCGCGCACGUCGCGCGGAGUCCUCCAGUCCAUCCUGACUGCCUUGCCCAAUCUAGAGUUGCUCUGUUUCUACGCCAUCACCGUUCACUUGGCACAACGCGACCCGGACAAUGUACAGAGGGGCUCCCGCUGCCCGGAACAAGACAUUACUAUAGUAUCUGCGCCAGAGCCUUCUCAAUGUCCUGGUCGCGUACACGCGUUUCAGCACACUCUGUCUCGAUACAAUUCAGCUCCCUUCGUUUGCGCCCCUCCAGUCGUUCCUCUGCGCGUUCCCGAACCUCAGAUGCGUCGACCGCUCAAAUGAUCUUGACUGGGGCGUUACACCCGACGGAGCCACGUCUUGACGGUCUGGUCGCUCGGAGAACCAUGUAGGCGCCCUGCGCGAUGUCACUCUCGGACGCGUCCUCGU